UUAUGUUGGGCAGCUAUCUGAGCUGGAAUCAAGUCUCUAACUGCUUUCCUAAGAACCAUUUACGAAAACCUGGGUGAGAAUACUCUAUUUGUUUAGCUGCCACUUGUUAUUCUUCGAAUAGAGUUUUUCCGUCAAAGAACUUUGCGGGCUACGUCAUUACCCAAACAUUCCUAAACAGCUGAUAGUCGCGCAGGAUUCUGGGAAAUGCAUUGUCUUGUAACUUCACGCUCGUAUCUCUAGCACGUUUAAACACUGGACAUAUACACUACAUUACCCAUAAUCCACUACGCGGUUUAUUGUGAAGGCGGCGCGUGCCGGGUCUAUGGGCCGUUACCGGGGAGAAGAUGGUGGAAGCUGCGGCGGCAACGUGCACAAACCUCCGUCCAAAACAUUUCGGAAAAUAUUUACCAUCUCAGCCUGGCAUACGAUAUUGGUUACCCGGAGAUAAACACAGAUAAUACACGCUAAAGAGAAGAUAAAAAUCCGGCCUUUGUGUGACGAGGAAUGAGACACACAGAGAUUAGUGGUGUGAAAACGUGGGUGAUGAAGUCACUACCACGUUUUGAAAUUAACCAGAGCUAGUUAGUGGAUUUAUUCGAUUAUUAUUUAGUAUUUGACUCUUCUGUGGUCGAAGUAUCGACUGUCAGAUCAAGUGUUUUUAAUUCGAUCUGAGCGCCGUAAGGCUGUGUGUGUAUAUAUAUAUAUAUAUGUAUGUGUGUGUGCAUUAGCUUGUGUUGGAUCAACUGACAGCAUGCCACGGAGCAAAAAAGGGAAACGUGGGGCCACUUCAAAUAAGGGGAAGAAUGGAGGAAAAGGAGGGUCCGGUGCUAGUGAUGAUGAUUUGGCAUCUGAUGUGCUCAGUCAUUACAGCAGUGCCAGUGAGAGUGCCUCAGUGCUGGAUGAAGGAACAGGUGAGGUGGUGGAUGAACAAACUGCUCAGGAGGAAACCGAAGACAAACUGAAGCAGUGUAUCGACAACUUGAUGGACAAGAGUGUGAAGACUCGGCUAGCAGCGCUGGAGAGCUUGCGACUAGCCUUCUCCUCCAGAGUGCUGUAUGACUUCCUGCUGGAGAGACGCCUCACCAUCGGCGACUGCCUGGAACGCAGCCUGAAGAAAGGUGGAGGAGAGGAGCAGGCUGCAGCAGCCACACUGUGUGCACUCCUCUGUAUUCAGCUGGGAGGUGGAUUUGAAGGCGAGGAGGGCUUUAAGAUGUUCCGCCCUGUCCUUAGCUCCAUCCUGACUGACAGCUGUGCCAACCUAUCAGCUCGUCAGAGUUGUGCCCGAGCAUUGGGCUUAUGCUGCUACGUGUCCGCAUCAGACAACGCUGAAGAUUUGUUGAAGUGUAUGGGGCAUUUGGAGAGUGUGUUUGUGGGAGCGUAUCCACUGGGUGAUGGCAGCUUACCAUCUGUUAAAGCUGGAAUUCCAGCUCUCCACAGCGCUGCCCUUCAGGCCUGGGCUCUGCUCGGCACACUGUGUCCUGCCUCCCACAUCAACAACAUGGUCAGCCAUCACUUGCCUCAGCUGCAGGCUUGUUUGGAGAGCAGUGAGGUGAACUUCAGGAUCGCUGUAGGAGAAACCAUCGCUCUGCUGUAUGAACUGGCACGAGAGGUUAACGAGGAGUUUCAGUAUGAGGAUUGCGAUGUGCUGUGCGAGGGUCUGAAGCGUUUGGCAACAGACGGAAAUAAACAUCGGGCCAAAAAUGACCGACGCAAGCAGCGCUCCAUCUUCCGCGAGGUCCUGCAUUACAUCGAGAGUGAGGACUUCUCUGAGGAGAAGGUCCGUUUUGGGGUCGAGAUUGUCUACCUUGAUGGUUGGAUGCGUCACCGGAUUUAUGAUGCCUUUAAAGAGGUGCUGGAGUCUGGAGUGAGCCACCACCUGCAGGUUAACCCACUACUGAGAGAUAUUUUUGGACUUGGAGCUCCACUGAUUCUGGACACUUCGGUCAAGGCCACCCGGAUCUCCCGCACAGAAAGGCACCUUUUCAAUUCCGCUGCGUUUAAAGCCCGGACAAAACUACGUAACAAAGUGAGAGACAAACGAGCAGACGUGAUGUGAUGUUGGUGCUGAUGAAGACUUGAUGCAGAGAGAGGAACACUACACACCUCUUAUGAGCUCACUUGAAAUGUUAAAAACAGCAACUGCCAAACCAGGGACUUGAUAAUGCAAAUUGUGUGUGCGCGCAUGUGUGUCAGGAAGAGUGAAUGUGUGUGAAUGGUGUGCCUCAGUUUUAUUUAACAUUACUAAAUAAUAGGAAGCCUAAAAUUAACUGUGCAACCCAUAGCAUUUUCCCUUAGCACUUAAAACACACAUAACAUCAUAUUUCUGCAUGCAAGUGCAGUGAUGGUUCAGGGCAGGUCUCAGUACAUACUCUGUGAUCAGCAGGAAGCAGGAUACUGCUAUGGAAAAUGCUAUGUAUUGCUCCUUUAAACAUAAUAUUGUACAUUUCUAAUGAUCUUUUGCAAGGCUGUAUUGAACAUUUCUGUUAAAAUGUAUUUUACUUCCUAAUUUAUUCAGGAUUUUGGGAAAACAAAAGACUUUUUUAACAUUUGAGACAAAUGAGCUGUGUAUACACAGUGGGAAAUGGCCAAGAAAAUGAAACCCUUUCUAGCUUUUGUAUGUAUAUUUUACAAACUGGCUGCACAUAUUUUACAAACUGGCUGCACAAUUUAAAUGUGGUGAUAAUUGUAGAAAGGUCUCCUCACACUGCUAACAUUCUUUUUCUCAUCCCGAGUGCUGUUGUUUACUGGGAGAGAGUUUAAGAUGCAGGGUUGACAAGUGUAUUUAGAGACUUUGGUUUGUGUUCACACUUUGAGGAAAAUUUCUUUUUUAUUAGAUCUGAUACAUUAACAGACUGGACAGGAGAGAGCCAUUUGCCUGCUACAGCUGCUAACAUCACCUUCAUGUAUUACUGAAUGUUUUACAAUUAGAAAUAGGAGGCCAAAAAUGUAUUUUCUUAAGGGCAAUUACACAUUUUUGCAAUUAAGUUUUAUAUUUUUCCCUACAGUAGACUCAAUUGAAGGCCAGAAUUUUGAAUUAUUCAUUUAAAUUGCUAGAAAUGAGAUGUCAAGGCUUCUGCACCCAAAAGGUGAGCCUACUACAAUAAAUCAUGAAUUUAAAAAAAAAAAAAAUGACUGAACUGUGGUAUUUCUAAAAUGUGUGUGUGUUUUUUUUAAGCAUAGCUUUAAAUAAAUACUGGAGAGAAGUUUACUUUUUUAACUACAGAUUUGUUGAAGUAGAGAAAAAUAGCAUUUCUCAAAUCAGUGUUUUUGUAUUUAUUAUAGUUCCAAUAUCUCAUGGACAUUUCAUGUUCAUAACAUUUUAAUCAUUACCACAGCCCACAUCAAUACACAUCUUUAAAAAAAAACUCCAGGUUAUUCAAUUGCAUGCAUCAUUUAUACAUUAAUGAAUCAUGACAACCAUGCUGUUAUUUGAAAAUAAUUACAGAUUUUUUUUAUUCCUCUUAUAGCAAUUUUCCAAUUCUAUCUUUUUGGAACGUGCACAAGACAUUUUAUUUCCUGUUACUAUUAACACUGUACUAGCUAUAAACAGCAUCUCUUUUUCUCUCAACAUCGUACGAUAAAUAAACUACUACUGAA